AUGGCGACACUAGAAGAGAGAGCAACUCGGGAGAGAGCAGUCGAGGACGUGCAGAGAACGUGCAAGCAGAGCACGCAGACCGAGAUGACCAAGUUGGAACAGAAACUGAGCAAGCAGGUUGCGGACUGUGUGGCAGGAAACCAGGCACAGGCGGAGCACCUUGGAGAGCUUGCACAACAGAUUCAGCAAGAUCGACAGGAAAGUGCGAAGGCAAUGAAGAAGCUGGAGACAGAUACAAAGCAGAUCAUCUCUGCAUCACAGGCACAUGUGGAACAACAGCUAAAUACAAAGCUGCAAGAAAUGCAGCAAAAUUUGCAGAGCUUUCUGAGGAAGCAGGAUGCUGCUUUGCAGCAGCGGUUUCAGAAAGAUCUGGAGGAGAAUGCGUUCUCUGUGAAGCAGCAGCAAGACAUGCUCAGUGGCCGGCUGGAUGGUAUUAAAGUUGACCAGGGAUUUUGCAGCAAAGCACUGGACAGAAUUGAGAAGGAUCUGCUGGUCUGCCAAGAGACUCAGGCCACCUUCAAGGAUGCAACUGAUCGCCGAAUUGGGGAGCUCUCUGUUGAGCUCCAGCGCAUCAAAGUCAGCCAAGAAGCAUCCCUCAACCAAAGUGCAGUUCAAGAGAAAAUAACAUCUGAGAUUCGGUCCUUGAAGGAUGGAAUUAACAGCAUCAAGCUCACUGUGGAUGGAAACGAGAGGAUGCCUUCGAGACCGUCUUCCCCUUCAGGUGAUGCGCGGUCGGCUGGGCCACUUUUGAGACCACUUUACUGCCGUCCGACACCUGUAGGUCCUCCCCAGGCCUGGCAAGUACAAGGGGUGCGUGUGCGAUCUGUCAGUCCUCCAAAGCGCGCAGUUCCAGCUGGAUUCCUUCCUAAGCCUCCCAGUCAAGAGCCGAUGGAUACUCCGGACGUCAGUGUCCCUGCACGAAUUUCGGUUUCUUGCCACAACAUUCCGGGAAUUCCUGCCAUCAACGGCGAGUACCAUCGAGUUCCUGGUGAGUCCGCAAAUGGAAUGCCGUUGUGGAAGCACGUUGGUUCGGAGCUAUGGCUUUACUGCGGAACGAACAGGCGAUGGUUCGUCGGCGGACAAGAUGCCAAAGAAUGGAAGUUCCGUUGUGAAGCUGGCUUUAUUUACAGCGAGCCUGUGGAGAAAGGCACGAUGCCUGAUCGGAAGAAAAUCGAUUACAUCCCUCACACGGGUAUUGCGGUUUUCGGCAAAGAGUAUUUCUUCGGUGGAGGUCCUCAGGUUGGCAUUCCUGGUCAAUCUGUGCCCGUGCCAGUUACGCAGGUGUUAGAGCUGGGUGAAACCCAGAAGACGUGCGAGGAGCUGGAAGCGUACAUCCGAAACGUGCUCUCGCUCGAGCACAACGAGCAGAACUAUGACUUGCUGCGACAUAAUUGCAAUCAUUAUGCAGACGAUGUUGCAAAGUUCUUGCUUGAUGGUACAGGCCUUCCAACGAGCAUCGUCAAUGUGGCAGAAGAAGCUCUGUCGACGCCACAGGGUCAGGCUUUGAAGGUCAUGAUCGAGAAUAUGGAGCGCAGUAUGCGCUCUGGAGGCAACUCCUCCUCACUGAAUCCCUUUUCCAACGUCGGGGCAUCCCCCGCUGUCGUGGCAGAAGCCGGGGACGACACAGAUCUAAAGGCGGCGCUCGUGGACCUCGCGAAAAACGAGCAGGAGGUACGCCGAACUGCACUGCAGAUGCUGCUGAAGAUGACGGAGAACGUGGAGAAGAGCCCGUCCGAGCAAAAGUUUCGCAGAAUCAAGAUGUCCAAUCCG